AUGUACACUGAGAUGAUGAGAUUAUACUUCGCUAAUAGAUCUGUUCACAGCAGCAUCCCUUUUUUGACAGUUGGAACACAUAUGCUUACUCCAGGAGCCCGGAGAAAAAUCUGGAAUGCUGGCUUUGCUUCCUUCUUUCUAUAUGCAUAUAUUCUAGAGAGAGAAAAUAAGAGAGGGAGGAAGUGGGUUUUAAGAUUUUGGGCCGGGCUGUUUUCCUAUUUGAGGCCCAAUCUGACCCAUCGCCGCCCCCCACUGGGCGUCAUGUUUAAGAGUAGAAGCCUUCCUGUUCAUAGUCGGCAUUUAGUCUGCAAGUGAAAGCUACGGGCGUUUACCAUAAGUUCUUAGGGUCUUCCAGGAGGGCUCGGAGUGCCGAAAACCAGGCUGAUUAGAUUGUAUCAAAUAUAGGAAAUUAGGCAUCGAAUGGAGGCGGACGAUGGGCUGGUCUCCAGGUGGCUCGGAGAGACCUUCCAGGCUUUUGGAGAAGCCCGGCCCGUUUAAAUCCGAAGGAAACAAUGGCAAAUAGGCAUUACAUCCGAAGAGGAUCGAUUGCGGCACAGAACUGGGCUUCUCGGGGAGCAAAACCUGAGGCAGCUGCGGAAAAUUCACGAUCAGUGCUCCGAGGGUCGACGCGUCGACGGAGAUGGCGCUCUGGCACAAAGUCUUUCUGGACCGGUCCGCCCGCCUCUCCCUCCCCUGCAGGAGACUGUGCCUCUCGCAGGUGCAAGGAGCGAGGGCGUCGUUGGGUGGCGGUGGGGGCUGGUGCCCGGCUUCUAUGGCGCCGGAAGAGGCAGUCUCCGCCACGAGCCGCUUUAGAGACGGAAUACAGUACAUUGCCGCAAGGUUCUUCGCGGUCCCCGUUCAGGUGCCUUCGUUGUCUCUUCAUUUUGACUUUCCUUUUCUUCUGAAAUCCACCGUCUUUACCUGGUUCGCUUUCAAAAAAAAAUAAAAUGAUCUUGUUUCUGGGUAAUCGCAGGGAAAACCUAAAGAAGAUCUUAAGUCUAUGCAAGGGCCCAGGCUUAACGAGGGGAUCACGGCUAAGUUUAUUCGACUAGUUACAGACGACGGUGCGCACCGGAUUUAUUUUUUAUUUUUUAUUGCUGCGUUAUCUUUCUUGUUCGGGCUGCAUUCGAUAUUCUGUUUCUACCGUAGUUACGCGAUAUUGAUGCUGCGAGGAUGAUGGUUACCAUGAAUGAAGGAACCACAUCAGCGUGUUGUUUUUCUCCUCACAGAUCAUCAUCAUUCACUGGUUUUCGUCCGGCUUACUUUCGGGACUUUGAUUUAGAGCUAAUUUUCCGAUUCAUUUCUGUUUCAAGGGCAUACGAUUGUGUCAAGGGAAGAAGCUCUUGGCCGUGCUAGAAAACUCGAUCUUGAUCUAGUCGAGGUACACUAUUUAUUUUAAGUUUCAAAUUUUUCAUUUUAUUUAUGCCUGUAUUCGAUUCUGGGUAAGCUUCAGUGACUGCUUGGGCAUCACACUGCAGCUCACUUCAAUUCUUACCAUCCGUUUAUUAGGCCUUGGUUUUGGCAAUGCCACCUUGGGGUUGGCCGUUGUAAAUUGGUAACAGGAUGAUAUGGCCAAUUUUUUCUUGAUUAAACUAUCAUGAUCAUGAUUUUAUGGGGUUAGGUUUAUUACCCAGUUGAUGAAUCGUUCUCCUUCUGCUAUAGACGGUAGAUACUAUUUAUUGAUUUAUUUAGUUUUUAAUUCAAGAAGUGGACACAUUCGGUUCACCAAAUAAGGUUCAUCUUCAAUGAAAACUUUGGACAUUUAGAAAAUUCCGUGUUCUUCUGCUGAACUUCGACCUUGCGACUUCUAAUGGAUCAAACAUAAGUCUUUCUACUUUCAGAUUGAAUGGGCUUUGAUCCAAUACCAGAUAUGGAUCUGUGGUGGGGCAUACUGGGUACACGUUGUGUUUCCUUUGGAGCCUACCCAGCUUCCUUCUGGGUUCCUGCAACCACCGAUAGUUUCGGCAAUGAUUUAGGGUUCGAAGGUGAUGCACUUUGAGAACGGAAAGGUCCUUUCCAGUAGGAGAGGAAAUUAGAACCCUUCCCCUUGAUCUUAUAGGAAAUGCUGUGGGGAGAUCUAGAGUGGUUCGGUCUAGUGCUGUGGAGCAUUUCAACAGAGGUGCCUGUUAUGGUGCCCUCACCAGUCCUGCCUUAGUCUGCAACAGCUACUUCUGAGAGGGAUGGAGACUACCCUGGCAAAGAGCGGCUGAUUGAUGAUAACCCUAGAGAAACCAGUUGUGUAGGACUUGAUGAGAAAACACAAGUUUGAGGAGGAUGUGGAACCCAUCACAGAGGUGAUUCUUUAUAGGAGUGCCACGAUGUCACCGUAAACAAGCUUCUGGGGAGGAUAAUAUGGGAGAUUAAGUAAUGGUCACUAAUGACACGGAUGGACUCAAUUCUUCUGUGAAGUUUGAGAAGUUCUGUCGAGAGAUGGAAAGUGUAGGGGAAGGAAUAUUUGGGUGGAUUUCAUAUGGAGAAUGAGAAAAAUCAUAAAACGGGUAAAAUAUUUAAUUUUUAUCUUGAAGAUGUGGUGGUAUCCAGAGUCGUCUAGAAAUUCAUUAUAGCAAUUACAAACCUGCUUUCUCUUAAUAUUGAUGUUUACGAUUUGAAUAUAUAUGCAUAUCAAGGUCUCUGUGGUAUAGCUAAUGUAGGUAAGAAAAUGGCUUCUGUCAGGAUUACAGUCAGAAAGAACUUGUGGAAUGUUUUCUGGUAUUUUUUUCUUCCAAACUGGAUAGGACAUUGGGGGUCUCUGACAUUGAUAUGCCUCUGUGAUUAUUAUCAACGACUUUAUUAGUGCAGGUUUUUCCUUCCCUAGGUUAAACAAGGUUAUUGGGAUGUACCCGAAUACGACUAUCACUCAAAUAACAUCUAAGUUUAAUUUUACUAGGUUGCACUUUCUGAAACAACAAAAUAUAAAUAAAUUCAAUUUUACUUGUGCCAUAUACAUAUAAAUAAAAUUGUGUGCAUUAUUCCUCGUUUUCUUGUUGCUCAUCACGAUUGCUUUCAUAAGGCCACAGCUCCUCAUUGUUUGCAUUCUACCCUUAUUAUUUCUAGGGUUCAUAUAUUUCAACAUUUCCUGCUUCCUUGCCACUGGUAGAAGGAAAUAGCUCUUCGUGCAUUCAAUUUGUAGAGCAGAUAUACACCCAAUGUUCUCUCUUCAGCAUGUUCCAUAUCUCUUGUUUAUCAAUAACACUUCUCUGAAUUCCUCAUCUUGCCACGGAAAUGAAGGUCCAACGAACUUCAAAGCCUCCUGUUUGCAAAAUCAUGGACUACCAUAAGGAGAAGUUCAGGAAGGACACAAUGGAAAAGGAGCGCGCCAAGACCAAGGUAAGAAUGUUCAUGUUCUGGUAGUUUUUCUACGUUGGUGUGGGUUUGUUAUUAAUUAUUUAUUUUGGGUCCUUUCUAUGCUACCUAUUAAGGGUAAAAAUUAAAUUAAAUAAAAUAAAAUCUUCCUGUGUAAUUUUUUAAGAAACUCGGUCUCAUGAGGCACUAAAUGCAAAACUAUAAAUGUUUCUGUGAAAGACGAACCGGCUACAGUGAUAGACGAUUUAUGUAGAAGAGGACCAUAUGAAACUAGGAAGGCCCGAAAAGCAGCGGUGGAUUUUUUCUUCUAUAAGAUCCUACAAGUUAGCAGUUUUUGUCAUUAUUUCCUUAUUUCUCAGAGUAAAUUCAUUACAGCGGUUGCUACUAGUUUCAUAUUUUCUUGCUCUCCAAAUUAAAGAAGAAAAGGACACUAAUCCUGGAAGGAGAUCAGAUCAAUCCUUGGCAGGUGAUUCUCACAGAGAGUUGUCAGAAUUCACAGUGGGCUCCAGACUUUUCCUUUAUAAUUUCAUGGGGGGGCUCAGGUUCCGGCCUUGAACGAGAUCAGCUGUUACCAAGCCAUACCCAGAACAACUUUCGGUCCACAAGAAUUGACCGACUGUUUUUUGCAGAGUAUAGUUUCAUCAAAACAAGAACUUUAAUGCGCUGACUCCAAUGGAAGGCCACGCUCUUUCCCCCAUAGCUUCCUCUACAUUAACCUGUGAUGCUUUAAAGCUUACGCUGUCUUGUUGUGAUAUGGAUGGUCGCGGAGUUGUUUUAACCAGUCCCAAUUUCUUGGAUGGUAAAUAAAGUUUCAGUAAUGAUUGGACAAAAAAUGUGGGUCGGGUUGAAAAUGUCGUGCAAAAAUCUUAUUGACCUUGAAAUUUACUAAAAAAAUAUUUCAUUUUUUGUAAUCUUUCACUAAAUUGUCCUUUUUCCUAUGAAUAAUCCUAGGAUCAUGGCCCAGAUCACUGCAUUAAAUACCCUGGUUCGUUUCCAAAAUCAUCAGGGUAUUGCUAGAAAGAUGCUUAGAUUAAUUCUAUGAGAUAAUCCUGAUUUUGUUACCCUCUGCGCUCUCUCCCCUCAUUUAUUCAUUCUUUAGGUGGAAGCCAUUCCAGUGUUAUCUGCUUUAAACGGAGCAUACUAUGGAUCUUGUGUUGGCCCUAGGUUUCUCUAGCUGCAUUCAUUUUAUGAGGCUAAGCAUGAGAUGCCUCCCUUGACGUACAUGGUGAUGCAGGAUUUAAUGAUUGGGGUCUAUAACAGUGAAAUAGUUUGAACAACGCAUAACUUGACAGAGAACAGAGUGGCAGCGAUCAGAACGAAAUUCCAAAAAAAAAAAAAAAAAGAUUAAGUUGACUCACCCGUCCUUUUUUAUAUUGAUUAUAGCAGGCCAUCUUCCCAAAAAAAGAUUUUAUUUGAGGCAUUUUGUGUAAUAAUACUUGGUCUUUUAUCGCAUUAUUGCAUUGGUUAUUGACCAUUUUGUCCUUAUUUAUUUAUUACGCCUCUGAAUGUAUGAUCACAAGCUCCCAUUAAUGAAUCGAUCCAGUUAGGCCAAUUGGUGCCAACUAUUCAGUUUUGUAUACUUAGAUGAGAUGAACUACAAUCUGUUCUUGGUUCACCUUGCAGUCAGAAUCUACCAUACGCAAAGGGGAUUUCAAAGAAGUCCGCUUGAAAGGAAAAAUUGUGAGUGCUCUCUCUCUCAUCCUGCUGACUGUCUGCCGCUGUUUAGAUUUAUUUUAUUUUAUUUUGUCGUUAUGGACGAUAAACUGAUUAUUAGUCAAUGAAUUAGCCAAUCAAAUCGUCCAUCUCAGCUGGGAUCAGCCUUCGUGUUAUCUUAAACCCUUCUUGAGCAAGCACUUGCCUCCCACUCACCUUGAUCCGAGUUUCAUGCAAAAUUAAUUGCAAUAUCUACAUUCCCUUUUCCUUACAUAUCUUCAAUUUAUUUUCACAUACAAUGAUUAUAUUUCUGGAUAAAUACACUGAUUUCUAGGGUUUGGUAGUCUCAUAUCGCCAACAGAAGAGGUAUUUAUUAUAAAUGGAUGGGCUGACCUGAUUUAUCCUCAGUUGAUUUCUGUUGGGUGAUUCAACAUCAUUAGCAUCAUAUCAGUGCUGAUAAUUACUUCUGAGCUUUGCACCAUCCACUGGCAGAAAAAGAUUACGUUUUUAUUUAUGAUCAUUCCACAGGAGCAAAAGGAUAUUGAAGUGAAGGCGGAGACAAUUAAAGGGCUUGUAGAACGAGGCUACAGAGUGAAGGUCCCCUCCUCUUCUGCUUCUGGGUUAUUACUGGAAAUAGCAUCGUAUUAGAGAGUCUCACCACUUUUGCUGAGCUGCUGCGGCCACGCAGUGUUCACAGAGAGGAUGUAGCAGCUGCUGAGGUUUUCUUUCUCUGUGGAACAGUGCAUGGCGCUUCCUUCCAAGCAGAGAGGCGCAGAGGAGUGCGAUCUUGGGGCCCUGCUGAAUCGUCUCACUGAUCUGGUGACCUCCUUGGCCACCCUACCAUCCUCACCAUCGUCGUGUUCAGGACGCAGGAGGGUUUGAUGUAGACUUCUUGUACUGGAUGUCUGCAGAUUGAAGAUGUGAUCUGCGUGGAGAGCGGCCCGUUUGUGGAGAAGCAGCAGGCGUAUGUCGUUGUUCGGCAUGUCAAGUUUGGCUCGAAGAAAGGCUCCCGGAAGAAGGCCUGCAAGGCGGCUGAAGGGUUGUCUGGUCCGGGGAAGGCUGCUUCCGCUCCAGCGACUGCGCUGGACGGCGCCGCCGCUUACUCGGACGCAGGCGGAGAUCUGGACAGCGACUCAGACGUGGAAAAUGAGGUCCUCGCUGACGCCCGACGUUCUAUUGCCUUUGACUCUGACGAGAAGAGAAACGUCGUCGUCUCUGCCUCUUCUGAAAAUUUGGCCGCUUCUUCGAAGUUCAAUAAACCAGCCAAUGGCUUCACGAGAGCGGCGAUGGGAUCUGAGAGGGACCAGAUGGACCGCCGUGCCGGCGCCGCCUCUCGCUCAGAGUUGCCCGUCGGACAUGGUCAGAGGUACGGCAGAGGUAUUGAAGCGAACCCUAGGUCUGAUCAGGGGAGACCAGUGGAGAGAGGUGGUGACGCAGGAUCUGAGUUGAAGAAGGAAUUCGGCAGAUCGCUUCGUGCGGGCGAUUCGCGGUGGUCGGAGCGAUCGAGAUCGGAACCCCGGAACAUCCCACGGCAGCAAGAAAACCUCAAUCGCCAGCAGAUUGAUCCAAGGGGAGGACGAUCGACGCCUCCGGACGAUAGGGGUACUCCGGCGCCGAGUUAUGGAAUAUUUAGCAAUCCAACUCGACCGGCCUCCGGCGACCGAAGAUCGGCGGAUCUGCAGAGGGACGGAGAGAGAAAUCCUCCCAGCGAUGGACGAAGAUGA